CACACCAAACUUUCCAGGCUUGUGUGAAAUAUUGACAAGAUGAAUUCUAAUUCACCAGCAGAUAUUCCAGGUUAUUUCUGGGAUCCAAUAACACGCCGCUACUUUAAAGUACAAAAAAGGCAGUACUCCUCUCGUGAUGACGCUCCUAAUGACGAACCUUGGUCUUUGGAGAGUGUGAAGAGGCGCAAGCUCGACGAAGAGGUUGCAGCGGAGAAAGCACGUAUGGAGGCUCGAAACAUGUCCCGUAUCACCCGCUCUAAAGCGUUAGAUGAACCGCUCAUGGGCGGCUUUCUUGCUCGUGAAUACGGUCAUGACGUUCGCGACCUCCAAGCCGCAGGUUUCGCACAGGGUUUAGUUAUGCAAUGCAAAGUCAAUACCGGACAGGUAUACGGACAACUCUCGGCUAUGCUUAUAUGUGGCAAGAAGGACAGGCUCAGUCUCUACUCCGUGUUGAGGCGUCAACUCCGGACCAAUGAUUACCCCUUGGGCAGAGAUGAUAGGACUGGAAGGAUCGAGAUAUCCCAGUCUAACCACCAGACAACAGUAUUUCCAGAGCCUGACGUCUUGAUCUCAGACAUAAAGUGCAAUCGGUCCAUGACUUACGCCUUUGUCAGUGCUAUCUCUGUCACGAACGGGUUCCCAGCUUUCUGGAAAAUACCCCUCAACCCGCGGUCCACAUCUUUCAACACUAUUGACUUACCAAUACCAAUUCACCGCCGCAAGUUAUCUGUAUCCCCAAACACCAUAUGUGUAUCCCCAACAGGCCAAGCUUUCCAGUGCUUGGUCGGAACAGAUUUUGGUCUUGCAUCGCUCGACGCCAUGGACGAGAUGAAUUUAAUCGUACCUACCAAGCGUAAGGUGGCGGGACGGACAUACCCAGAAUCGUUCGCUGAUAUAUUCGGUGUCGAUUAUCGUGUCGCUGAUCCUAACGUCGUGUUUUUCGGCGGUCGCCCCGGCAGGCUCCUCAUCGGUGAUCUUCGUCAGGAUAGCUACGAGUGGAGCAGUAUUCAGCUCCCAAGCUCCAUCGCGCAUGUUAAGGCAAUCAAUGACAACCAGGUUCUGGUAGCUGGCCUAAAAAACAUGAUGUCCGUCUACGACAUCCGAUUCUGCGACCGGGUUGGCGUCAACAACAACACGAUUACCCAGAACCAGAAGUCGGGUAACCCGAUCGUGACGAUGCAGGAAUACAGAAACCCGUCUCGCUUUACCGGCGGAUUCGACUUCGAUCGCGGUACCGGCGUGGCCGCGGCUGCCCAUGACGAUGGCAAGAUCUCGUUGUAUUCGGUGCGCAGUGGUCGCCGGCUGCCCUCUCGAGAUAUCGACAAGAUCCACUGUGGAUAUGGACAGAUUCCCUGCCUUCAGUUUCUGACCUUGGAGGGUGAUCACACGCCGACCUUGUUCGUCGGCGAGGGAACCGAUGUCGUUGCAUAUUCCUUUGGUGUUGACAACAUAGACGAUGAAUGUUGAUGUCUUCCCACAUCUUUACGUCUUUGAGUUUCCGUUGCACGGCAGGAUUGCAUUGGGGGAGUGGAACUUGGAAUUGGCAUUUGCAUCAUUGUUGGCAUGCAUAGGUUGGUUUGCAUUGGGAAGGAAUAAUUUGGCUUGCAUGACGAGGGCGUUUGUUGCUACAUGAGAUACCCAAGUUCUUCCCUUAAGGGAGUGCUUGUAUUGCUGAUUUUUUUCUGCUAAGAGAAAUACCCAAUGAUGAUUUGUAUUCAC